AUGGCGGCCGAGGGGCCGGGCCCGAGCCCGGACACGUCGCUGGUGUCCCUGUACCGCUGGCUGGACACGGUGCCGCUGUCGCGGCCGCGCAGGAACAUCGCCCGCGACUUCAGCGACGGGGUGCUGGCGGCCGAGGUGGUGAAGUUCUUCUUCCCCUCCCUGGUGGAGCUGCACAGUUUUGUGCCCACGAGCUCCACGGCGCAGAAAGUCGCCAACUGGGGCCACCUCAACAGGAAAGUGCUGAGUAAGCUGAAUUUGCGCGUCCCGGAGGAGAUGAUCCAGCAGCUGGUGCGGAGCCGGCCGGGAAUGGCCGAGCAGCUCCUGCAGCUCCUGCGGGAGAAAAUCCAGGAGAGGCAGAGGCAGAGGAAGGAAGGGGCCGGGCAGCCCCCAGCGGAGCCGGCAGCGCGGGAGGAGGGCGGAUACCUGGACACAGGCCAUCCCAAGGUCCAGAGCGAUUCGGGAAGGGGCUGCAGCCAGGAGGGCGCUGCCAGGGCGGUGACAUUCCCGGCCGGGGCUGGCCCUGGGGACAUGCGACAGCAGCUGGCCGAGCGCGAGCAGGCGCUGCAUCUGGCGCGGGACACGAUCCAGAUCCUGCAGGCCAAGGUGGGGCGGCUGGAGCAGCUCCUGCUCCUCAAAAAUCUCCGCAUCGACGACCUGAGCCGGCGGCUGCAGCAGCUGCAGGGCCACCGCCGCUGACAGGCGACAGCGACAGCAGCGACACCGCGGUGGCACCGGGGGACAGCCCCGGGGACAGCCUGGGGACAGCUCGGGGACAGCCCGGGGGCUCCCAGUGGCUCCCAGGGCGUCCCAGU